UAGAAAGACUCCUCCUCUUGGUGAGCCGACGAGCUUUGCCGUAUUCGCGUAUGAGAAAUGGCUAGCAUCGAUGCUUUAUCAGAGGCUGCCUCCUUCCGUAGGUUCGAUGAGGCUGGGUUUUUCUCAAUUCAUUCUCUCUUGCUAUUGGGUCACCCUCAAGUCUCUCUUUAACUUUCUUGUCUUGAAUUACCUCAUUCGAGUCUGUACAUUCGUUGAGUUCUGGAACUCACUAUUAUCCGCAUUCUUUUCUUCACAGUCUUUAUAAACCUUUUCCGCGUCUCGAAACCUCCGCGGAUUCCGCGUUUCUUCCGGACACAAUGAAGUCGGCUGCAACCAUCUUGGCGGUCUUGGCGGCCGUCGCCAAUUUGACUUCCGCUCAGACCGUGAGCGGGAAGGCGGAGGGCUUCGCAGCCGGAGUUACCGGCGGUGGAAGCCUUGCUGCCGUCACGCCCAAGGACAUUGACGAGCUGACAAAGUACCUCACCGACGACGAGCCCCGUGUCAUUGCUCUUUCUCAAGAAUAUGACUUUACCGAGUCCGAGGGCACGGAGACCGGCACGGCAUGCGCCAGCUGGGGCACCGGCGCCGCUUGCCAGAGAAUCAUCCAGGACGACUGCGGCAGCUCCACCAAGGAGACGGACACUUGGUACAAGGCCGCCCGUACGCCUAUCGACGUUGGGUCUAACAAGACUAUCAUCGGUGUCGGUAACAAGGGUGUCAUCAAGGGCAAGGGCUUGAGGAUGCAGGGCAGCAACGUCAUUAUCCAGAACAUUGAGAUUACCGACCUAAACCAUAAGUACGUCUGGGGCGGCGACGCUCUAUCUUUCGCCGGCGCGGACCUUGUCUGGGUCGACCACGUCACAACUACCCGUCCCGGUCGCCAGCAUUAUGUGUUCGGCUUCACUGCUAGCAAGCGCAUCACCCUGUCCAACAACUUCAUCAACGGAAACUCGACCUACUCCACUGGCUGCGAUGGAUACCACUACUGGACUUUCGAGAUGGUUGGUAAGGACGACCAGAUCACCAUGAAGAACAACUACGUGUACAUGACUGCCGGCCGUGGUCCCGCCCUGAGCGGUUCCACUCUGCUUCACGCCGUCAACAACGUCUGGGAGGACACCAAGGGACACGCCAUUGAGGGUGGCGAGGCCACCGCUCGUGGCAUAUUUGAGGGCAACGCCUUCAUCAACGUCAAGCAGCUCGUUUCCGACUACAAGGGCAAGCUCUUCACCGCUCCUGAUGCCACCACCGCCGCUGAGUGCAAGACUGCGCUGGGCAGAGCGUGCGAAGUCAAUGUCUUCGAAGACACUACCGACGCAUUCAAGUACACCGACACUUCCUUUUUCAGCGACUUUGAUAGUCUCACCAUUGCCAGCGCCGCAGCUGGUAGCGCGAUCAAGACCACUGUCCCAAGCAACGCCGGCAUGGGAAAGCUCAGCUCUUCCUCUUCUUCCUCCGAUGCUACAACUGAGACUGCCGCCGAGACUGCCGAUACCGUCGGGGCUACUCCCUCGGCCGCUCCCGUAGCAUCCACCUCUGCUGCGCCCAAGGCUUCCCAGGCUGCGACUUCUGGCUCCGUUGCCCUUUACGGCCAGUGCGGUGGCCAGGGCUACUCCGGUGCCACGACCUGCGCCUCUGGCAAGUGCCAGCUUGUCAACGACUGGUACUCUCAGUGCGUCUCAUAUUAAUAUCAUUUCGGAUUCAUCGGAUCCAUGCAUGUAUAUUUUUCCUCUGUAAAUACCAUUUUGGCCUGGGGCCAUGUAGAAAAUAUUAGCGUUUUGCAUC